AUGGUUGCUCUUUCGCCACGCUUUACCGCUCUCGCUGUUCUCUGUUCCGUUGCCGCUUUCACGCUUCCGCACGCCGAUGCAGCGGUCAUGGGCGUUCGCCCGGCUGUCGUCCGCGCUACCCACGACGACCCUGCCUAUGCGACGCCGCCGGCCUACGGUGCGGGCUCGACGAUGAGUAAGCGCUUCGGCGGCUCGCACGACUCCAUGUUCGCCACGGAAGCAAUCUGGAAUGCCCGCUUCGCUCGUCGCCCUUUGUCAGGCAUGGCAGGCAUCCCGUUCGAUGACCAGAAGAACGGCAACCUCCCUCGUCAAGGCUACCACGGCAAGGUCGCGCGCUCCGUCUACAUCGAAGGCAAGGCGGGCGAGUCUUACGUCGUCAAGCCCGCCAGGCGCUCCCUGUCACAGCAGCACUUCAACGGCGCGGAAUGGAGACGCCAAGACCAUAGCAUCGAGUGGAAGCGCCAGGAGGUCACCGGCGUUCCUGGUACCAUCGACAUCAUGAGUCCCACGGCGGAUCCGUCCAGCCCUCUGCAGCGCAUUGCCUCCCUUGUGCUCGCUCAGGCCAAUUCCACUGGCUCCACCAAUGGCACGUUUGUGCUCAAUGCGUCUCCGGACGACCAGACGCAGAUGUUCCUCGUCCCGAUGGCCAACACAACGAUGGGUUUCCUUAACUCGACGCAGGACAUCCCCGUCAUGCUUCAAGUCCCUGUCUUCGACGCUGCCUCCGCCGCGACGCAAGCGUGGUGUGCGACCUUUGACCCCGCGCCUCUGGCGCCGGUCUCUAUGACCGCGGAGAAAUGCCUGGACCCGGGGGAGAACGGCAUGAAUGGCGACCACAUGAGCCAGGUCUUCGCUUUCAACUCUGUCACCGGCGCUGUGCGCCCCUUGUGGGCCAACGGCACGAACAGCGAUGCCGUCGACGACACGGACGGUGUACCCACUGCACAACAGGCCGCAUACGUGGAUCCGCAGACGCCGGACGACGCGUCUAUAGCGAGCGUCACCGACUUCGAGGCCCCCAUCCGCCGGCAAGAAGCGCAAGCUCCGUUCGCGAGCUCCUCCUCGUCCGCGGCCUCGUCAACAACGUCGCCCGCUAGCACGUCGUCGGUAACGUCGGCGGCUUCCUCCACCGGUGUACCUGCGUCGGAUUUCUCGAGUGGCUCCUUCGGCGGCUCGGCGGCCCUGGAUGUCACUCUGGUCUUUGUGCCCUCUGAGCCGCAGAUCAACGCCAUCGCUGCUCAGGAUAUCCCGACUUCCUCUGCGAGCUCGUCUGCCAUGAGCGCCACGCAAAGCGCGAGCGACGCUAGCGUUGCGCCGUCGGCAACGCUCAACAGCACUGCCUAUCCGACUAUGGGCUCGUCAUCCACAGAGACCACCAUGUCGACCGCCGUUGCCUUUGCAGACGCAGCCGUCGGGCCUAGCUCGUUCUCUUCCUCCGCCGCCUCAACCUCUGCUAUGACCACCUCUACGAGCGCCGGGGCCUCGUCCUACAGUGUUGCGUCGACCUCCAUUUCGGACUCUGCGGCGCCUCGACCCACAGUUCCUUCAUUCCGCCCGCUUAACGUGCAGGUUGUCCCCGAGGCUUUUGACGCUGAUGCAACGCCCACGCUCGCGCUCCCUCAGUCAUCCGGUACCUCGGCAUCAGCGAGCGCGACGGCGAGUGCGGCCGGUUCGGCUUCUUCGAGCGCAUCCUCAGCGUCACCGUCGGUGAUUGCGCGCUCGGAGGAUCAGGCUGCGACGCCUCCCUAUACUUGGUUGUUCAAGCGUGAUGAUUAA